AUGGUUGUUUCACCUCGAAGGAGGACUCCGAGAACCCACUUGGAAACGGAGGCAAUCUGUCCAGUUUGCCUGGACCUUUACUCUGAUCCUGUUUAUCUCUCCUGCUCCCAUGUAUUUUGCUUGGAGUGCAGUAAAAAAUGGUUCACAAACACAGAAGACUUGAUAAUGAACUGUCCCUUGUGUCGAGAAGAACACAAGAGUCCUAUCAAGUUUGAUGGAGUCAUGAAACAGCUGGUCAUCCUUCUAAAACAGCAUGGCCCCUUACUGAAGCAACAUAUAGUGAAGAUCACUGGACUCCUGGGAUUGGUCUCAGAGGAUAGAGCUCUGGCAGCUAAGACUCCUGAGCCCUCCCUAGAGCCUUCUAAUGAUUUAAGGCCUGUCUGCUGUGAGAAGCCUGGUCAUAAUUUGGUGGAAGAUCCCAGAAGAUUCAUUCCCUCAGCUGGUGUGGUGGACUGCUCCCAAUUCUUUUCAGUCUGCCACUGGGAAGUUGAUGUGGAGAAAGGGGAGGAAUGGGCUCUACGUAUUUGCAAGAAGCCAGUCAGGAGGAGGAACAUCUAUUUACUCUGUGAACAUGAGUUCCAGUUGUUUGGCAAGAAGACAAGAGGAAUCAGAGUUAAUUUUAUCUCAGAAAGACACCAUGGAAGCCCUGGCCUUUGCCAGGUAAGGAUUUGCAAAGCCCGGACUACUGAAGAAACCAUGUUUGUGAUGAGGAAAGUAAUGACCUCACCUACUAGCACCAUUCUCUGUGCUUCUUGGAGCCCACUCCUUUGUUCCACUUUGUUGCCAGUGGAAGUGAAAAGUGGUGCCCCAUUUGAACAUCUGCCUUUGGGUAAUUCAUCAAUUACUAGUUUUCAGAAGGUCAAGUUACCAGAGACUGGAGGACCAAGGUAAAGACAUUGCACUAAGAGUUGGUAGACUUCUGGGGAACUCCUGAGAUCACUCUGGGGAUAACUAUAUUGUAGGCAAAUAGCAUGUACUGUAUAUUUUUUUACAUAAAGAAAUAUUGUUGGGCUGGAGAGAUGGCUCAGCGGUUAAGAGCACUGACUGCUCUUCCAGAGGUCAUGAGUUCAAUUCCCAGCAACCACACGGUGGCUGACAACCAUCUGUAAUGAGAUCUGGUGCCCUCUUCUGGCCUGCAGUCACAUAUGCAGGCAGAAUGCUGUACAUAAAAUAAAUAAAUAAAUAAAUAAAUAAAUAAAUAAAUAAAU